AUGCUUGCGGUUGGCUCUGCCGUCGUUCGGGCUGGUGCUCGCAGGGUCGUACCCCGAGCCCGGCAUCGACAAGCCCUGACCGGCUCCCGCCUGGCGCCUCGCGCCGGAUCGUUGCCACUGGCUGCCGUCCGCGCCCUCUCGACGACCUCCGCUCGUUCCAAGGAGGCCUCGAGCGAUCGUACCCGAGCCAUUAUCAUCCGAACGCUAAGCCAGAUCGGUAGCCGACGCGAGGGCCAACAGUACCUCUCCUACUUCACCUCCGUCUCAUCUCAAAAGUUCGCUGUCAUCAAGGUCGGCGGCGCCAUCCUCACCGAUUACCUCGACGAGCUCUGCGAGAAUAUUGCCUUCCUCUACGAGGUCGGCCUUUAUCCCGUCAUCGUCCAUGGCGCUGGGCCCCAGCUGAAUCGCCUGCUCGAGGAAGCCGGCGUCGAGCCUGAGUUCGAGGAGGGCAUCCGUGUCACCGACCCCAAGACCCUGACUGUCGCCCGCCGGCUGUUCCUGGAGGAGAACAUGAAGCUCGUCAACAAACUGGAGAGCCUGGGCGUCCAUACCCGCCCUCUCACCUGGACUCUCACUGCCGACUACCUCGAUAAGGAAAAGUGGAAUCUGGUUGGCCAGAUCACCAAGGUCAACAAGGAGCCCAUCGAGCAGUCCAUCCAGCAAGGCUACGUUCCCAUCCUGACGUCCAUGGCCGAGACGCCCGAGGGUCAGAUCCUCAACGUCAACGCCGACGUCGCGGCUGCCGAGCUCGCCCGCGCCUUGGAGCCCUUGAAGGUCGUCUACCUGUCCGAGAAGGGUGGCCUGUUCAAUGGCGAGACGGGCGAGAAGAUCUCCCACAUCAACCUCGACGAGGAGUACGACCAGCUCAUGUCGCAGUCGUGGUGCCGGUACGGCACCCGCCUGAAGAUCAAGGAGAUUAAGGAGCUCCUCGACACCCUGCCCCGGUCUUCCAGCGUUGCGAUUAUCCAUCCCAGCGAUCUGCAGAAGGAGCUCUUCACCGACUCCGGUGCGGGCACCCUCAUCCGGCGGGGCGACAAGAUCGAAGUGGCCACCGAGGUGUCGCAGUUUAGCGACUUCGGAAAACUCAAGGAGACCUUGCUGAUCAACCGAGAGGGGCUCGACGCGGAGGCGACAGUGGACCGCUACAUCGAUUUCCUCAAGGGCACCCCGUUCAAGGCCUACUACGACGAGCCCUACAACUGCCUGGCCAUCGUCCUCCCGCCUGGCCCGGACCGAUCCCAUGCUACCCUCGCGACUCUGGGCGUCACCAAGAAUGGGUGGCUGAGCAAUGUUACGGAGAACGUCUUCAACGCUAUCAAGAAGGAUCAUCCCCAGCUGGUUUGGACUGUGAGCCAGGAAGAUGAGAACCUUUCAUGGUUCUUCGGAAAGUGUGAUGGCAGCAUUGUGAACGACGGGAGCGUCCUGUUCUGGUACGGCAUCGACAGCGUGGAAGAAUUGGGUGGCUUGACCAAGGAGUUCCGGGCCUCCGGCCAGGCCAUGCUGGGCGACUCCAACCUCGAGGCCCGACUCCGCCGGGCCGCCCAGACGUCGAGCCGGAACUUGCACGCGCACGCCUCGCAGGUCCGCAGCUUCUCUACAAUGGCCCGUCGGCCGCAAUGGGGAAGGGGGACCGCAGUGGCCCCUUCGAUCGUCGGGUCUGCCAACCGGGCCUAUUCUACCACGACCAACCCCAACCCUCCACUGGGCAAGAAGAACGCCUCGAACGACGUCCCCUCUCGGGUCGGCCUGAUCGGUGCCCGUGGCUAUACCGGCCAGGCGCUCAUUGACCUUCUCAACACCCACCCUAACAUGGAUCUCCGUCACGUCUCGUCGCGCGAGUUGGCGGGCAAGAAGCUGGAAGGCUAUACGAAGCGGAGCGUCACGUAUGAGAACCUCAGCCCCGACCAAGUGGGCGAGCUCGAGAAGCAGGGCGCCAUCGAUUGCUGGGUCAUGGCUCUCCCCAACGGUGUUUGCAAGCCUUAUAUUGAGGCCAUCCACGAGGCGCGGAAGAACGGGGCCGACCGCAGGAGCGUCGUUGUCGACCUGUCGGCCGACUACCGCUUUGACGACACCUGGACCUAUGGUCUCCCCGAGCUCACGAAGCGAUCGGAAAUCUACAAGGCCACCCAGAUUUCCAACCCUGGCUGCUACGCCACUGCCGCUCAGCUCGGCAUCGCCCCGCUGGUGGAGCACCUGGGCGGAACCCCUUCCGUGUUCGGCGUCUCGGGCUACUCCGGGGCCGGCACCAAGCCCUCGCCCAAGAACGACGUGACCCUGCUCGCGGACAACCUCAUGCCCUACAGCCUGACGGAUCACGUCCACGAGCGCGAGAUCGGCAACGGCCUCGGCAGCGACGUGGCCUUUACGCCGCACGUUGCCUCCUGGUUCCGCGGCAUCCACGCGACGAUCCAGAUCCCGCUCAACAAGACCAUGACCUCGCGCGACAUCCGGCAGAUCUACCAGGACCGGUACGCGGGCGAGAAGCUUGUCAAGGUCGUCGGUGAGGCGCCGUUGGUGAAGAACAUUAUGAACAAGCACGGUGUCGAGAUUGGCGGGUUUGCGGUCCACAGCUCCGGCCGCCGCGUGGUGGUCUGCUCUACUAUUGACAACCUGCUCAAGGGCGCGGCGACUCAGUGUCUACAAAACAUGAACCUCGCCCUGGGUUAUGCCGAGUACGAGGGCAUCCCUGUCAUGUAA